GCGGCUCCGCGGGCGCCGAUUGCCUUCUCUCCUGCAGAGCUGGGAGCCGGGCACCCUGGGGGCCAUGCAGAAGGCCGGGGCACGGGGCCGCAGGGCGUCUGACUGCGGGCCAGCCCCUCUCCAGCCCAGGUGCAUCACCAAGUUUGCCCAGUACGUGGGCUCCUUCCCUGUGGACGACCUGGACACACAGGAGAGCGUGUGGCUGGUGCAGCGACAGCUGUGGGCACUGAAGGACUGUCCCCGACGCCGGGCUGUCAUCCUGAAAUUCAACCUUCAGGGACUCAAGAUCUACAGUGGGGAGGGUGAGGUGCUCCUGAUGGCGCAUGCCCUGAGGCGCGUGCUCUACUCCACCUGGUGCCCUGCUGACUGCCAGUUUGCCUUCAUCGCCCGCAACCCACGGAGCCCGGCCAGCAAGCUCUUCUGCCACCUGUUUGUGGGCAGCCAGCCUGGAGAGGUCCAAAUCCUGCACCUGCUACUCUGCCGCUCCUUCCAGCUUGCUUACCUCUUGCAGCACCCUGAGGAGAGAGCACAGCCCAAGCCCUGCCCAGGGCCUUCAGGGGACAUGCCCCAGAAGCCACUACCCAGCUCUGGAGGACCCUCUGGCCUGGUGCGGGAGCCCUUCGGCCGUGACCAGCUCUCACAGAAUGUCCAUGCGCUGGUCUCCUUCCGGCGGCUGCCAGCAGAGGGGCCAGUGGGCAGUGGGAAGGAGCUAUCAGAUUUAGAAGGCCGCGGGGGCCCCCGCCAUGUCCGCCUGGGGAAUCCCUACUGCUCACCCACAUUGGUGCGCAAGAAGGCCAUUCGCAGCAAGGUGAUCCGCUCGGGGGCCUACCGAGGCUGCACCUACGAGACUCAGCUGCAGCUGUCGGCUCGGGAGGCCUUUCCUGCUGCAUGGGAGGCAUGGCCCCGGGGGCCUGGUGGCCCCUCAUGCCUGGUGGAGAGCGACGGCAGCCUGACAGAGAACAUCUGGGCCUUUGCUGGCAUCUCCAGGCACUGUGCCCUCGCCCUGCUGCGGAGAGACGUGCUCGGGGCCUUCCUGCUGUGGCCUGACCCGGGCACCAGCGGCCAGUGGUGCUUGUCGGUGCGCACGCAGUGCGGCGUGGUGCCCCACCAGGUCUUCCGGAACCACCUGGGCCGCUACUGCUUGGAGCACCUGCCAGCAGAGUUCCCCAGCCUGGAGGCCCUGGUGGAGAACCACGCUGUGACGGAGCGCAGCCUCUUCUGCCCCCUCGACAUGGGCCGCCUGAACCCCACCUAUGAGGAGCAGGACUGCCGGCCCGAGGGCAGGCUGCCCCGGACUCUCUGGCCCCUCAGCCAUGCCAAGUCCGAGGCAGAACUGCAGGGCCUGGGCUAGGAGGCGGGUCCCCACUCCCCAGACCCCAGCUUACCCUGGCCCUGGCCUCAGCAGCCUCUGCCCAUCUUGCACCCCACUGGUCACCAGUUCGAUCUAGUCACCUUGCCCCUUGGACCAGUCUUCCAUUGCUUCACUGCGUGUGGGAGGGGAGCCCUGAGAUUGGGGAUUGCCAGUGGCUUCUUGCAGGGCAUGUGGCCCCCCCAGAUUCCAGGAGGGGCAGGCGAAGCUCCAGGCUUCCGAUAACUUGCUGGGUGACUUCGGAUGCUUGUCAUUUCUGGGCUUCCACUUUACUCCUAAGGUGGGAGCUUGUU